CAUGGUGCAGACGAAGCCACCCGCGCUCCAAGCGCUCAAGCGCGCGGCAUUUGGCUUAGUCCUCGUGGCCUCGCAAAACCGGCAGCACCGCAGCAGUAGCCGUCGAUUCGUGUGGGUUGGGUCGGGGCACAUAUCCAUCGCCAUCAGACUAUCAGAGAGUUCGAUGCCGUCCUGCGUCGCAACAAUCGUCAGAACGAAUCAGAGGAGACUUAGAGAUUGGUUUGGUCUACGGGUAAUCCCAUCAUCAUCCAAGCCCCGUAUGAAAAAAAAAAUCCAUGAGAUUGACGAUAGCACAAGCAACCAUCCAUCCCUUCAGACGUAAAGCAAGGAUGAUGAAGGGCGUCCGGCAUGUUCAUUGUGUUCAUAUAAACUAGCUUGUCUGAGCAUUGAUUCAUUGAUUGUCAUCUCGAUCACGGAGCGGUCAGAUCUAAAACCAUCCACUUCUCGUCUCCUGGGUCUCCCCUGAAAAUCUUCUUCAAAAUCGUAGCACACAGCAGCACAGAAGUCUGUACCACUGCUAGCACUCUUUUUUGACAUCUUCAGUGACACAAGUUGCAGAGGGACAGAGGAUGCUUCACCUCCUGUUCCGGCAUCCUCCCCUCCCGCUGAAGCUGGCCUUCACCAUCUCCCUCGCCGUCUCCUGCUGCGCCACCCCUUCCUCACCGUCGUCCCACACAUCAUCCAGGUCCCGGUCCCCGCCUCCCUCCCCGCAGGCCGUCGCCGCGGACCUCCUGUCCGUCCUCGCCGGCCCGCGCGCCGCGGCGCGGGUGCCGGCCGCGGAGGCCUCGCGGCUCCGCGCCUGCCUCCGGUUUCUCUCCCCGGUCAACCCCACGGCCUCAAAGGUCCCUUAUUGUUCUUGGAGCGGCGGAGGCUCCCGGAAGUUUCUUCUCGAAGGUCACGAUGCGGGCGCGGCGGAGGCGGACGAGGUGGUGAUGUGGCCGCCGGCGCCGGUCAUGGAGCUGGCACGGAUAGCCGUCGACUCCGGUGGCGAUCCCGGGGCCAUCCACCGCGCGCUCGACCCAACAAUGCUGCCGGUACCAGAUGUUGAGGGGUCGCAGAAGAACAAAUGCCAACUCACAAGAACACCGUAUGGGAGACGCUUCGCCAAUAAGGAGCUCAAUCAAUAUUUUGCGUUCUUGUUUGAAUUGAUUGUGGCAAGGGGACCUUCAGUUGCACUAAACGUAUCACUGAGUCGAUACGAUUUGUUCCAUGGGCAUCUUUUCCUUGCAUCUGAAACAGGACGGCUCGGAAUUCUGUUCCAUGCUAAAGAAUAUCCAGCGUUUGAUAAAGAAUUGUUUCCUUAUAGUUUGGGAUAUUGCCAAGCAGGAUCUAAUGUACAAUAUGAUGAUUCUAUGAACUUGCGCAAUAUCCUUUGGUUAGCACCAUUGCCAUCAAAGGAGACGAAAGCUUGGUUAGCACCAGGAGUAUUGGUUGUUUUGGAUGCACAUCCUGAUGGAAUUAUUUAUCAAGAGAUGAUUCGCGACUAUGUUCAAAUCGUAAGAACAGUAUACGAAGAUGAUUUCGGGGAUAAUGCAGUUGAUGUCAACUAUCUGAAUGUUGCCAAUGCAGCUCCUACGGAUAGAAUUUUCAUCUGCUGAUGACCCUCCAUAUUAUUCACUUUUCAAUUGUGUGAAUUGAUACAUACAACAUUUUGAUUUAAUAGAGAUACUUAAGAGAACAGCGCUUAGCUCAUAAGUUUUAUCUAUUGUUGUACUUGUGCCACUGUUCUGCUGGCAAUCAGCAACAGUGUUUUUAUCUUGUACCAUAUCAGCACCAACCAUCAGUACUUUUCUCGCCCA